GACGUAAACUUUCCCUGAGCAGUGUCUUCUCUUUGUCAAAGCGCUCACUUCCGUUUGUGUGUUUUCUACAGAUUUCUGGAAACUACCAGAGGAGACAGCGGCAGGACUCGGUGACAAACUGUGCAUAGUGGGUGUAUUUGGCGCAGACUUGAGUGAGAGAGGUUUAGUUUAGGCUUAGGAUUUCGUUUUCUCAUCUUGUUUUAGCUUUAAAAACACGAGUGUGCGGCUAACGCUAGCUGGCUAGUGGAGGAGCAGCCAGCUGAUUGAUCCCAGUAUGUUUCGGUACUUGAAUGACGUGGAUGAGGACCCCUUCAUGAUGGAUCCUUUUGCCGCUCACAGACAGCACAUGAGGAGCAUGUUCGACCCUUUUGGGAUGGACCCCUUCGCUCUGGCUGUGCCUCAGAUGCAGAUGCGUCCGGCACGCAGACCGGUGACUGCGGCCGGUCCACUGGCGCCCUUUGGCAUGAUGGGAAUGGGCGGCGGCUUCAUGAAUAUGUUCGACAUGAUGGGAAACAUGAUGGGGAAUAUGGAAAGAAUGACCGGUUCACCAAACUGUCAGACGUUUUCUUCUUCUACUGUGAUUUCAUACUCCGCCACAGACAAUGGAGCUCCUCAAGUGUAUCAGCAGACCAGUGAAACGAGGACGGGACCAGGCGGGAUCCGUGAAACUCGUCAGUCGAUGCGAGACAGUGAGAGCGGUUUGGAGCGACUGGCCAUCGGGCACCACAUCGGGGAGAGGGCACAUAUAAUGGAGCGCUCCCGAAACCGCCGCACUGGAGACCGGGAGGAACGACAAGACUUUAUCAAUCUGGAUGAAACUGAGGCUGCUGCGUUUGACGAGGAGUUUAGGAGAGAGGCGGGACGGUACGGCCCAAACCCGAGAUCCCUGGAUUACCGUGACCGACGCGGAGGAGGGCAGCAGCUGGCCCUCACUGCCCCCCCGAGUGCGGACUCCCCAUCGGGCCACAGGCAAGAGUCCCCCAGACACCGCCAGCACCAGCCCCGCCCACGCUACGACUGGUGAACAGCGGGCAGGUACGUGGUUUAUUUAAAAUUUAAAAUGUGAACCAGUGGAUCAGGAGGAGUUUUACGAGACGUGGGACGGAUUGGUCAGACUGUCAUUGAUUUGAACAGGACUGGACUGCCUCUACAUAACACUGCACACAGAACCAAACACACGCAAUAGUCUCCCUCGCAGUUGUGCAACUUUACUGUUACUUCCAAAACUCAUAAUGACAAAUUUGAGUCCACAUAUUAUUCUUGUACUUUAUUUAUAAUAAUAAUAAACUUGACUUGUUUUGGCCACUGCACAUUAGUGCUACACAGUGCAACUGCUGUAAAACCCAUUUGAUGUUCGUGAAGGCGUGUGUUUGUGAAAUAAAUUGUAAAACUAAUAAUUAAACUUAAUAAGGAGUUCAUUAAACAUUAGAUAAAUAAAAUGUGUUCCGGUGGCUUGACUUGAUACCUCGUUUGAUAGGAGAAGUGAUGGAGUGAAGAACUAGUUUUUGUAUGUACUUGUUAGACUUUUUGUGGUAUUGCAUGAAAUAAAUAAGUCACCUAUUUUCAUGAAGCAUUUAAA